AAAAAACUAAACAAAACAGGGUCUUGACAAAAGCCUGGGACUCAGAUUUUACUUCUUUAGGAUGCCAUUUUUAAUUUACAAGGUUCAUUUUUUGUUUCAUAAGUUUGAAUUAUUCAAUACUCAAUUGUUAAGCUAAUGGAUUUUUCAGAAAGUAUUAAAAAUUUUAUUGAGAAUUUUGAUCCUCUGUUCUUGAUGGCCAAGAAAUCUGACAAAGCUGGUUGAAUACUAUACCAUAUGAUAUGUUGGCAUAUUGCAGUUUUUUGUUACUUUGGCUCAGUUUUCCUUUUCAUGAACUAGGACAGAAACAAUGGGAAGGGUUUAUUAAUGGGAAAAUCUUAUGAGUGUCGGAAAUAGUGAAUCAUUGUCUUUUCUCUCUUAUCAGUACUAGCGAACUCAAAUCGAAUUAUUGUUCUUCCUUAUGUUACCAUUGAAGUGGCCUAAAUUAUUUCACCAAGAUUGUGGAUAUUCUCUUGUUUGCUGUUCUCAAUACGCUGCCAAGUUUGCCGUUUGGUUGAUCAGAAAUUGUAUCUAAAUGAAUUCUUUACUGCUGCCAAGAUGUAUUCUUUGAACCCAUAUGAAUACGUCAACACCAGCUAGUGCACAAAAGGAGUACAUGGCUCACAGCUAAUACAUGAUUGAAUCGUGCUUCUGCAGCGUCAGAUUCCAAGAAUAGAUCGUGUUUGUGUAGUCUCUUGAUCUUAGCUUCUUUAAUUUGUGGUGCUUACUUCAUUGGUGCUGCAUUCACCGAGAAGGAAUACCAAGAAAGAUUAACAAGAUGGCCACUGAUGUCUAGUGCGCGGAAUAAUAAAACUAAUAUAUGCCAGAAUCAAUGUUGGCCUUUGGGAACUGCAGCAUUACCAAAAGGAAUUGUUGCCAAUAAAACUAAUAAAUGCCAGAAUCAAUGUUGGCCUUUGGGAACUGCAGCAUUACCAAAGGGAAUUGUUGCCAAAACAUCAAACUUGGAAAUGCAGCCUUUAUGGGGAUCUACUGUGAAAAAUAAAAGUUCAAAGUCUUCUAAGAGCUUGCUGGCCAUUGCCGCGGGAAUUAAACAGAAAGAAGUAGUGAACCAAAUUGUUAAGAAGUUUUCAUCAAGUGAUUUUGUUGUGAUGCUUUUUCAUUAUGAUGGUCACAUGGAUGAAUGGAGGGACCUAGCAUGGAGUGAUCGUGCCAUACAUGUGUCUGCAGUGAAUCAAACAAAAUGGUGGUUUGCCAAGCGUUUCUUGCAUCCAGAUAUAGUUGCUGAAUAUGAUUAUAUAUUUCUUUGGGAUGAGGACCUUGGAGUUGAGAAUUUUGAUCCGAAAAGAUAUUUGUCUAUUGUUCGAGAUGAGGGACUUGAAAUAUCACAGCCAGCACUUGAUCCUGCUAAGUCAGUCGUGUAUCAUCAAAUUACUGCGCGCCUGAGGGGAUCAAGAGUUCACAGAAGGAUUUACAAGUUGAAAGGCAAGGGAAGGUGUGAUAAUCAUAGCUCUUCUCCUCCGUGCGUAGGUUGGGUGGAAAUUAUGGCACCUGUAUUUUCAAGGGCAGCUUGGCGAUGUGUAUGGUAUAUGAUCCAGAACGACUUGAUUCAUGCAUGGGGCCUGGAUAUGCUGCUUGGUUAUUGUUCACAAGGUAAUCGGACAAAAACUAUAGGUGUGGUCGAUGCUGAAUAUGUAGCACAUCUGGCUCUUCCUACACUCGGUGCAUCAGAUGGAAAAAAAGCAAGUACCCCAGAACCAUCCGUUCCCAAAAAAGAUGGCAACAAUAGAAUAAAGGUGAGGAUGCAAUCCUUCAUUGAAAUGGGUAUCUUCAAGGAAAGAUGGAACAAUGCUGUAAAAGCCGACAGUUGUUGGGUUGAUCCAUAUCGUUCAAUGGCAAACCAAAGUAGUCAGUAAUUCUAUGCAUACAAAGAGUGGUGGUCAUUUUCAUACACAAACAGCAAAUACAGGUAAAGAUCAUUAUACAUACAAUUUUAUGGUGAAGCGAAUCUUCGGCAACUGAUGACAAAUACCUCAAGCCUCUGCCUAUGUAUAGUGAAUGCGUAAAUAUUAUUUUUACAUCAGACAGGAAGGAACAAUCAUCUUUCCUGUUGUGGUUGUAUCCAUUCUUUGUAAGUUAUACAGAUAGGGUUUUUCUUUCUUCGUUAUAUAGAUAGGUUUUUUCUUUCUUUCUUAUUAUUUUUUAUUUUUUAUUUUUCAAAAAUGGGAAAACCAAUUUAUCUGGAAAUUUUGCUUUCGACUAAUAAUAAUUACCUUUUGGUAAAUUAAUUCAUGUUACCAUGUAAAGGGGUUUAUCAGUCAGAAAAUAUUGCAGUUUCUUUUUGUUUU